AACGCACCUCUGUGGAUUUUAUACUUUGCAUCCGUGAAUUCGACGAAUAUGUUGUUUGUCAGGAGCUUUGUCAUUGUUGGUGCUUUGGUGGUUUACUGUGUAGAGGCUAGACCUGCCGAUGGAGACGCUCAAGCUCAAAUUGUCAAAUUUAACAACGAUGUGAGAUUGGACGGAUACAAUUUUGAUUUUGAAACAAGCAACGGUAUCAAAAGACAGGAAUCAGGAGUAGUGAAACCAGGAGCCACCCCAGAUGACGCACUUUUAACUGUAGAUGGUGACUUUUCUUAUACCCUUCUCGAUGGUACUCCAGUGAGUGUAACGUUUGAAGCUUCUGAAAAUGGAUACAGACCCAAAGUUGUUAUUGGUCAACCACGUUCUGGAAAACGAUAGAAACAAGGAACUUUGUUAUACAAUUACAUGCAGAAUACUCUUUAAUAUAUGUCAACAAAUAUUUUAUGAACAUGAAUUAUAAAUAUUAUUAGCAAUAAUUUAGUAUUUUUUUUGGUCAUAUUUCACAUCUUUAUAUAAUGUUUCGUGUCUGAUCAUGUAAUCAACUACUCUUCAAUAAAAUUAUUUUUGGAAAAA